GUAAUUUCACUCUUCCUCAUUAGGUAGUCCUCUUUUAUUGACGGCUAAAAAUUACAGAAGUAAAAGAAAUGGCAGGUUUAUUCGACAAGCAGGCAGAGCUUUACUUGGAAGCAAGGCCAACUUAUCCCAAGGAAUGGUUUUCCAUGCUGGCCGCUCUCACACCAAAUCACUCCUUAGCUUGGGAUGUCGGCACUGGCAAUGGCCAAGCUGCUUUCUCUCUUGGAGAGCAUUAUGAGCAAGUAAUAGGAAGUGAUAUAAGUGAGUCCCAAUUGAAGCUGGCACUCCAACAUCCUCGAGUUCGUUACGUUCACACUCCAAUGACCAUGUCUGACGACGAUUUGGUUGAGUUAAUAGGGGGUGAAGACUCAGUUGAUUUGGUGACCGUGGCAGUGGCCGUGCACUGGUUCGACCUCCCAAAGUUCUACUCGGUCGUCAAGCGCGUUUUGCGUAAGCCAGGAGGCAUAAUUGCAGUUUGGAGCUACAAUGCCAUCGUGACAGACCCCGAACAUGACGAUUUAUUGAAGCAUUUUCGUGAAGCAAGUAAACCCUUUUGGGACCCGAAGACGGAGUACGUGUGGGAAGGGUAUAGGACACUUCCAUUUCCAUUUGAAAGUGUCGGUUUGGGUUCUGAAGGUCAGCCUGUGCCACUGGAAAUGCCAAUGGAGAUGUCAUUUGAAGGGGUGAUGAGGAUGUUCAGGUCAUCCUCUGCAUUCAAUAAAGCUAAAGAUCAAGGUGUGGAUUUGUUAUCACAAGAGGUGAUUGAAAACCUUCAAAGAGCUUGGGGUGACCCUAACUUGGUCAGAAAAGUUACUGCCAAGGUAUUUAUGCUUGCCGGAAAAGUGUAGGCUGUAAUGUUUUAAUCCGAUAUGUAUUUCAAACCACUCUAGUAUCUACAAUGAAGAAUUUUAACAUUGAUGCAAAGGGACGGAAAAAGUCCUAAUAAGUUGGACUAAUCCACGUCUUGUUAUGUUGGGAACGAUUCAUAUGCAUGAUAUGCUUAAUUCUCAUCAUGUCAACAUAUUGGUUUUGGGUAAUUCUUAUUUCACUAUCAUGAUGUAUCGUGGUUUUCAAGUUUUUACACAUCAAGUUUUUUUCA